AGUCGGCUAUUCCCGUCGGCAGGGGAGGCAUCGCGGCUGUCGUGUGCCGCUCUCCUCCCUCAGGGACCCCGUCCAGGCGGGAUCCCGCCUCCCAGAGCCCAAGGCAGUUGUGGGGAAACCCCUUGCCCUUCGUCGCCGCUUGGCGCUGCCGCCUCACCCUCACGACUCCAGCCCGCCGCCCGCCAGCCUCCAGGCCAUGCAUCCUCUUCGCAGGCCCAGCCCUUUCCACGCCCGGCUCUGAGAGGAAACUACGGAGGUGGUUCCCGCCCGCAGGCGGGUGGAAAAGCCCAUGGUGAAUGCCUCGGGGUGUCCCCCAAUUGCUGUGGGAAGUGGGAAGGGAGGAGGAAGUGGACUUCACCACCGGGGAGAACUAUAUCGAUUCCUAACUUGGGGGAGGCCUUUAGAUGGAAGGGAAGCCAACGGGGAACCCUGGGCGGUUUCCUGGGAAUCCAUUGGCCAAGCGGAGGGUCACCCUGUCCGCACACAUCGGUUACUAUGACAAUAUAACCACAGCCUCCAGUUGCCAUGGCAGCUGCCUAUCCAAUCCGAUUGGCUUCUUUUCUCUUCCUCUCCGGGCCCCACCUUAUCCCCUCCAAGAGUCUCCCAGCGUGCAUGGGGAGGGGCUGCAGAGAAGAGGAGAGGGGGUCCUUUGAGUCACUCUCUACGCGCGAAGGAAGACAAGAGUUGUGGGACUGCUGGGAGGAACUGUAGGAGGAAGGGGCGGCGUUUCCGGUGGGGAAGAGUGGAGGCGUGCAAAAAGGAAGAGGGAAAUCGGCAGGAGUGAUAAGAAGGGGGAAGACUUUGAGUGUAACUCCCGUUCUUUUGGCCUGGGUGUUCCCAGUGGUGGGGUUGGGAUUGCCCCCUUGUGCGGGAGAAGGGUGGAUUGGCAGGAAGCCGCCAAGCGCCACCAGCCGGUCUCUCAGAAGCCGCACAGGUGCCACACAGCUCGUUGAUCCCAAAAAGGAGUGCUACAGAGAGGCGGAAAUCACCGGGACGGACAGGCGCUGCUGAAAUCUCGCGAGAGGUACCCCCACCUCGCCCGGUCGCCGACUUCCUCUGCUUCUCCUCUUCCCCCCGCCCCUCCUCCCACCCCCUCCCCCCCGGGUCGGAGUGUUCCUGCGCCCCACGGGCCAGAGCAGCAGCGAGAGCAGCUUUCCCGGCUCCCUCCCCCUCGCCUCAUUCACCCCCACCCCCCUUGCCGAGCGAGGAGGAGCCGGAGGAGAGGAAGAUGGCGGCGGCCGCCAGCACCCGCGGUGCCGCGGGGCCGCUCCGAGGAGCCUGAGAGACCCACGGAGGCUUCGCGGGAAGACGCGGCGGCGGAGGAUGAGCCUGCAGAGCGCGCAGUACCUCCGGAUUGCUGGGAGGAGUAAUAACUAUAAAAUGAUAAAGACAAUAAUGGCCAACAUUUUUUGAGGGCUUACUUACCAAGGAACAGUCCUAAGUGCUUUACUUCUGUUACCUCAUUUAAUCCUCAAAACACCUCAAUGAGAUAGUCAUUGUGGGAGAAAACGUUUCAUUUAAGUCCCAGAUGAGGACCGAAAACUUGAAAUCAGAGGAGCAUCUGAAAUCAAGUAAUAUUAGGCAGGCAGAAGUCCUGAAGGCUGACAUGACAGAUUCUAAGCUGGGUCCAGCUGAAGUCUGGACAUCCAGGCAGGCUCUGCAGGACCUGUACCAGAAAAUGCUAGUCACUGAUUUGGAAUACGCUUUAGACAAGAAAGUAGAACAGGAUCUCUGGAAUCACGCCUUUAAGAAUCAGAUCACAACACUACAAGGCCAGGCAAAGAAUCGAGCAAAUCCGAAUCGGAGUGAAGUUCAGGCAAACCUUUCUCUGUUCCUAGAGGCAGCUAGUGGCUUCUAUACUCAGUUAUUACAAGAACUGUGUACAGUAUUUAAUGUAGAUUUACCAUGCCGUGUGAAGUCUUCCCAAUUGGGAAUUAUCAGCAAUAAACAGACGCAUACCAGCGCCAUAGUGAAGCCACAGUCUAGCUCCUGUUCCUAUAUCUGCCAGCACUGCCUCGUCCACCUUGGAGACAUCGCUCGAUACAGAAACCAGACCAGCCAGGCAGAGUCCUACUAUAGGCAUGCAGCUCAGCUUGUCCCCUCCAAUGGUCAGCCUUAUAAUCAGUUGGCUAUCUUAGCUUCUUCCAAAGGAGACCAUCUGACCACAAUUUUCUACUACUGCAGAAGCAUUGCUGUGAAGUUCCCUUUCCCAGCUGCCUCCACUAAUCUGCAAAAAGCACUUUCUAAAGCACUGGAAAGCCGAGAUGAGGUGAAAACCAAGUGGGGUGUUUCUGACUUCAUCAAGGCCUUUAUUAAAUUCCACGGUCAUGUGUACCUGAGUAAGAGCUUGGAAAAGUUGAGCCCUCUUCGAGAGAAAUUGGAAGAACAGUUUAAGAGGCUGCUAUUCCAAAAAGCUUUCAACUCUCAGCAGUUAGUUCAUGUCACUGUCAUUAACCUGUUUCAACUUCAUCACCUUCGUGACUUUAGCAAUGAAACCGAGCAGCACAGUUAUAGCCAAGAUGAGCAGCUAUGUUGGACACAGUUGCUGGCCCUCUUUAUGUCUUUUCUUGGCAUCCUGUGCAAGUGUCCUCUACAGAAUGAGUCUCAGGAGGAGUCCUACAAUGCCUAUCCUCUUCCAGCAGUCAAGGUCUCCAUGGACUGGCUAAGACUCAGACCCAGGGUCUUUCAGGAGGCAGUGGUGGAUGAAAGACAGUACAUUUGGCCCUGGUUGAUUUCUCUUCUGAAUAGUUUCCAUCCCCAUGAAGAGGACCUCUCAAGUACUAGUGCGACACCACUUCCAGAGGAGUUUGAAUUACAAGGAUUUUUGGCAUUGAGACCUUCUUUCAGGAACUUGGAUUUUUCCAAAGGUCACCAGGGUAUUACAGGAGACAAAGAAGGCCAGCAACGACGAAUACGACAGCAGCGCUUGAUCUCUAUAGGCAAAUGGAUUGCUGAUAAUCAGCCAAGGCUGAUUCAGUGUGAAAAUGAGGUAGGGAAAUUGUUGUUUAUCACAGAAAUCCCAGAAUUAAUACUGGAAGACCCCAGUGAAGCCAAAGAGAACCUCAUUCUGCAAGAAACAUCUGCGAUAGAGUCGCUGGCUGCAGAUGGGAGCCCAGGGCUAAAAUCAGUGCUAUCUACAAGCCGAAAUUUAAGCAACAACUGUGACACAGGAGAGAAGCCAGUGGUUACCUUCAAAGAAAAUAUUAAGCCACGAGAAGUGAACAGAGACCAAGGAAGAAGUUUUCCUCCCAAAGAGGUGAGAAGGGACUAUAGCAAAGGAAUAACUGUAACUAAGAAUGAUGGAAAGAAGGACAACAACAAGAGGAAAACUGAAACCAAGAAAUGCACCUUAGAAAAGUUACAGGAAACAGGAAAGCAGAAUGUGGCAGUGCAGGUAAAAUCCCAGACAGAACUAAGAAAGACUCCAGUGUCUGAAGCCAGAAAAACACCUGUAACUCAAACCCCAACUCAAGCAAGUAACUCCCAGUUCAUCCCCAUUCAUCACCCUGGAGCCUUCCCUCCUCUUCCCAGCAGGCCAGGGUUUCCACCCCCAACAUAUGUUAUCCCCCCUCCUGUGGCAUUUUCUAUGGGCUCAGGUUACACCUUCCCAGCUGGUGUUUCUGUCCCAGGAACCUUUCUUCAGCCUACAGCUCACUCUCCAGCAGGAAACCAGGUGCAAGCUGGGAAACAGUCCCACAUUCCUUACAGCCAGCAACGGCCCUCUGGACCAGGGCCAAUGAACCAGGGACCUCAACAAUCACAGCCACCUUCCCAGCAACCCCUUACAUCUUUACCAGCUCAGCCAACAGCACAGUCUACAAGCCAGUUGCAGGUUCAAGCUCUAACUCAGCAACAACAAUCCCCUACAAAAGCUGUGCCGGCUUUGGGGAAAAGCCCGCCUCACCACUCUGGAUUCCAGCAGUAUCAACAGGCAGAUGCCUCCAAACAGCUGUGGAAUCCCCCUCAGGUUCAAGGCCCAUUAGGGAAAAUUAUGCCUGUGAAACAGCCCUACUACCUUCAGACCCAAGACCCCAUAAAACUGUUUGAGCCGUCAUUGCAACCUCCUGUAAUGCAGCAGCAGCCUCUAGAAAAAAAAAUGAAGCCUUUUCCCAUGGAGCCAUAUAACCAUAAUCCCUCAGAAGUCAAGGUCCCAGAAUUCUACUGGGAUUCUUCCUACAGCAUGGCUGAUAACAGAUCUGUAAUGGCACAGCAAGCAAAUAUAGACCGCAGGGGCAAACGGUCACCAGGAGUCUUCCGUCCAGAGCAGGAUCCUGUACCCAGGAUGCCAUUUGAGGACCCCAAGAGCUCCCCUCUGCUUCCUCCGGACCUGUUAAAGAGUCUGGCUGCCUUGGAGGAAGAGGAAGAGCUGAUUUUUUCUAACCCUCCUGAUCUUUACCCGGCUCUGCUGGGGCCUCUCGCCUCUCUUCCUGGACGAAGCCUUUUUAAAUCCUUAUUGGAGAAGCCCUCAGAACUCAUGUCACAUUCAUCCUCUUUCCUGUCCCUCACCGGAUUCUCUCUCAAUCAGGAAAGAUACCCAAAUAAUAGUAUGUUCAAUGAAGUAUAUGGGAAAAACUUGACAUCCAGCUCCAAAGCAGAACUCAGUCCCUCAAUGGCCCCCCAGGAAACAUCUCUGUAUUCCCUUUUUGAAGGGACUCCGUGGUCUCCAUCACUUCCUGCCAGUUCAGAUCAUUCAACACCAGCCAGCCAGUCUCCUCAUUCCUCUAACCCAAGCAGCCUGCCCAGCUCUCCUCCAACACACAACCAUAAUUCUGUUCCAUUCUCCAAUUUUGGACCCAUUGGGACUCCAGAUAACAGGGAUAGAAGGACUGCAGAUCGGUGGAAAACCGAUAAGCCAGCCAUGGGUGGGUUUGGCAUUGAUUAUCUCUCAGCAACGUCAUCCUCUGAGAGCAGUUGGCAUCAGGCCAGCACUCCGAGUGGCACCUGGACAGGCCAUGGCCCCUCCAUGGAGGAUUCCUCUGCUGUCCUCAUGGAAAGCCUAAAGACAACUGGGCAUUUGACCUCCGCUGACAAGAUCUGGACUGUUUUUCAGUCUAUCUGGUCCAGUUCCAUGAUGCAUCCUGGACCUUCCGCUCUGGAGCAGCUGUUAAUGCAGCAGAAGCAGAAACAGCAACGGGGACAAGGCACCAUGAACCCUCCACACUGAGGACAAAGUGGCAACCUGGGAAUGAAGGCUCCAUAAACCAUGGCAUGUUGGGUUUGCAGGACUGGCCCACACAGUCCCCUGCAGGUGGCAGCCCUCUUUUCUGUUUCUCGCUGUCAAGAGGGUGUAAGUAUUCCACCAGCCCGCUGAGUGUGCACGAAAUGUUCGCAGUGCAACAAAAAGAAAAAUCCAUCAGGAACUCUCCGUCCCCCCGGGGCCUUCCGGAGGGAGAGAGAGAGGAACUGCUGUUUAUCUCACUCAGUUACUUGGUAUCACCGCCUCUCAUCUUCUCCAUCGUGCAUGUCCCCAGCCACAUGGGAAGUGAAAGCUGAGAAGGGAAGGCAGAUGGGAGAAGCCAAUGGGAACUUCUCAGUCCUUUUUUCCUCUUUGGGGAAUAAAAUAGGAAUCCAUUAAUGAUUACUUUGCUGACUGAGAAUGUAGUUGAAAUUAUUCUUAAACAUCUUUUAUUAUUACUCUCAGUAGUAAAAUAUCACACUGAAUUCUUCCAUACACAGGUGUGCUUCUAGUCAGUGUGUAGCAAGGAAAGCCCCGUUCACUGCUCCUGUGAGAGGUUGGUGGUGACAGGAUGGGGAACCGACCUCUUCAGCCAGUGGAAAUGUUCCAUAAGGGAGAGUUCAAGGCCUCUCAGAAGGCUCUGGUAGGCCCUUCUCUGGCCAGGAGACUCCAGCAGGAAAUGCCCUUCACUCUGUAGGUGCUCGAGCCCCAAUCGAGGAUACAGUGUGGGUGGUGGUGCUGGGCUGGACUAGCAGGUGACUGCUGUAGGAUUUCACAUUACGUUUUUGAUUCCUGUAAAUUUUACAGUCGCACAGCAAGCAGUCUCACAGGAGGCAGGCUAGUCCAUUCACAGCCUGGCACGUUCUAAUAGGUAGAAGCUUUCAGUGUGGUUAUUUUUUCUUUGGUUGGUUUUUGUGCCCCCAUUCUACUUCCCACCCUCCUGCCCCAUCUCCAUCCUUUCUUUACCCAAUGCUGUAUGCUAGUAAUUGUUUUUAUUCCUAAUGUGUGCAACAUCACAUCUUCCCAAGAAGCAACAGCAUGGGGUCCAGCAGUUGGGGCCCAAAAGACAGUCUGAAGAGGAAGGAAGCAGCAGUAUCUGCGUAGCCCACAGAGGGCCCAGGCCCCUGCCCAGCUGCAGUCUCCCAGCCUCCACUUUCAGAGUGAAAUUCAAGGCAGCGUGGACAUGUGCCCAUCACGCACAGAAGAAAACACGACGUCGUCCAUUUUGGAAGAGACGAAAGAAAGGAAAAUAAACUCUUUAUUUGAUAUUUAUUAGGAGGAAAGAGGACUGAAAAUGUUCUUGUGUAGAAACAGAAGGACAGCAUUUCUGUUAGUCAUUUCCUGGAAAAGUAAUAUUUUAAGGGGAAAUUAUGGAAACAAUCUAAAUGUUCAAUUGCUGUGCUAGUGGUAGGGUUUAUUUUCUGGGAGGUCUCUCCUUUGUGUGUCUGUGAGUAUGUUUGUGUACACACACAUGCCCAUCUGCUGUCCGAGAGGGGAGGGGUUGUGUGUGUGAGUGUAUGGAGUUAGUGUGGAACUUAAGAGCUGGAACACAGCUGUAGAGCAAAGCACAUCCAGGAGCCCCGGUUGUCACUGGAGUCUGGGCAACCCCAGCAAUGAAAAGGGGUGAGAUAAUGCUCAUUGCUCUUCAGAGAGAGUGGUUGGAGCCCACCCCCCCGUAUGCUUACAUUAUUGCUCUUUUAGUUUGACAUGGUGUUUGGGUUUUGUUUUGUUUUUUUGAAAGGUCUGAAAAGGUGAAACCCCCCCACCCAAUGGCAAUAUGAAACCUUUUGUGCUUCUCUUCAGCCCCUUCCCUGUGUCCACCUUUCUCUCCUCUUCCCAAGCCUUUUUCCUACUACCUUUACCCAGUUUGUGUGUUUGAGCUCUGCAUUCAGGCAGCUGCAACAUUCCAGUGUUUGAACUGUCACUGAUUCUUGCGCCCUAGACAAGCUAACCAGGUUUACCAUCUCACUCCCAGUAAUACCCAGCUCCCAUCUAAAGCCCCAUUCUGCAUGAGAAUUUGGUGUUUGGAAUGUUUUCUGACUCUUGGGGCGGGAUUCCUCGCCUUAUCAUCCUCACUGUGGAGUAAUGAGGAGGGAGAGGAGAACCUUAAUCAGAAACUGGUUUUGUGUAGUAAACUUUCUUUUGUGGUUUUUUGUUUUGUUUUCUGGGUUUUGUUUUUUGUUUUUGUCUGUCUGUGCAAGACCUGCAGCUGCUGAAAAUCAGCUUUGCCUUUAAUUAAACCAUGUCUCUCCAACCGGA